ACAGUUCCAAAAUGCACAAUCUUACUUUUGGAUUGCUUCUCUCGAUUGGUUUCCUUGUCCAUGCUCGUCCUCCGACCACAGCUGAGGCUGACGAUGACAUGAGACUCACACCAGAGCAGAUGCAGCUUUUGAAUUUGAACGGAGGCCCUCGCAUAGCUUAUUCCUGGUCUGGAUAUUAUUGGAAGGGCAGCACUCUUGUCUAUAGUUUUGGUGAAGGCUUGUCUUCCUGGGACACCGCUCUUAUCGAAAAAGCCAUGGCAGCCAUAUCAUCCCAAACUUGUGUCCGAUUUCGCAAAACAGCGAAUGCGAGGGAUCUGCAGGUGGUCAUCCAGAGAAAGGAAGCCGGCUGCUGGUCAUACGUUGGCUUCUUGGGCAGACAGCAGCAGCUGCUCAAUCUUGGCGAGCGCUGCAUGUCUACCAGAACUAUUCAGCAUGAAUUACUCCAUUCCCUGGGUCUCUUUCACACGCACUGCGACCCGAGGAGCGAUCGGUAUGUAAAGAUCUACACGGAGAACGUGAAGCCCGGCUACGAACACAACUUUAGACUGAUCGCGGCCAGCGAAGUGACAGAUUUUAAGCUUGGCUACGACUAUGAAAGCAUUAUGCACUAUGGCGAGUAUGCAUUCUCCAAGAACGGGCUACCCACGAUAGUUCCUCUUCAGAAAGAUGUCAAGAUUGGGCAGGCAAAAGGACUGAGCGCAAAUGAUGUGAGGAAGCUUAACCGCAUGUACUGCCAGGGAAGCAAAAGGCAACAAUAGUCCUAUAUGUCUGUAUGUAUGUACAGCCGCACACUGCUGGACCGCAUCCUUUCUCCAAGUAAUCGCAACAUUUGCAAUUCCAACGAGUUGUUGCACUUGACAGGAAACAAGAAUCUCCUCCUCCCUGGCAGCGCCGUUAAUCCACAAAACAAAAAGCUCUAGCCAUGGUAAAGGAAGUGUUUGCCUUUGCCGGCAACUAAAAAUUGAAUAUUUAGUGGUCGUAAUUAAAAAUUAGCGCGCUGGGCAACUAACCAACCUGCCAGCUACUGCCACCC